AUGGAUAUGGAAGUAGCGCCUGUGGCAGUAGUAAUGGGUCAAAAGAGAAGUAGAAAAGGAGAGGAUGCAAAAAUCAAGAAGGCUGUUAAUGGUGGUGGCAGUGGAGAAUCAGAGCAUGAGAUUCACAUAUGGACUGAAAGAGAAAGGAGAAAGAAGAUGAGGAACAUGUUUUCUAGUCUUCAUGCUUUGCUUCCUCAACUUCCUGCUAAGGCAGACAAGUCCACUACUGUAGAUGAGGCAGUGAAAUACAUCAAGACCCUCCAACAAACCCUCCAAACAUUGGAAAAGCAAAAGGUUGAAAAAUUACAGGGAGCAAUCAUUGACAUUGAACCAUCAUCAGUAAUCACAUCACAAGCAGAUACACUUGAAUCGAGGGAAGCCUUUUUGGCUGUUCAGGGACCACCAAAGAACUUCCCUUCGGCCUCGAAAAUCUCUCAGAAUUCAUUUUCUGUCCCUCUUUCACCAGCUUGCUUCCAAACAUGGUUUUCGCCAAAUGUUGUCAUGAACAUGUGUGGUGAUGAUGCACAAUUCAGCGUGUGUUCACGAAGGAAGCCUGGGUUACUUACCACCAUCCUCUACAUACUAGAGAAGCAUAAUUUGGAUGCUGUAUCUGCUCAUAUUUCCUCGGAUCAAUAUCGUAGCAUUUACAUGAUACAUGCUCAUACACGAGAAGAGGCUCUUUCGAAUACUUUUAAGCUAAGGCCACCGUCCUAUGUUGAUCCCCAGCUUACGUCAGUGAUUGGGGAACAUUGGGAAGAAUUGGGUAAAGCUUGUGGCCUCAAAAGGGAUGAAAUUACAAAGACCCUGAUUGAAUGA